CUGUGUGGGUUCCUGAUUCUCUGUGGGUUCUUUCCUGCUGAGGACAAUUCUCUUCCUGUCCCAGCCUGAGGUUGGGGGGCUGAGCCCAGGGCCCCAGUGGCUUGUGCCCCAGCUUCUGGGUGGAAUGUCCUGGCCGCCCCAGGCCAGCCCAGGGGGUAAGGGUCAGGGUGAGCAUUCCCUGAGCCCCUUUCUAACCUUUGCAGACCAGAGGGGGGAGGGCCGGACAAAGAGCCGCCUCUUCCCUGAAGGGAGGAAUUUUGGUGGAGACAAUAGGGCCCUGUCUGCCCCCGCAGAGGGGGCGGCGGCUGACUCAACUGUGCCCCCUCCCAGGCCCCGACAAAUGUCAUCGAGAAAUGGGGUCAGUUUUCCCCUUGUGCCCCGGGUUGCCCCCUGCCCCUCUGUGAUGACUUCCCUUCUUUCCUCAGCUGAUCUUGCCUCUUCUCCCAUGACCUGACCCCAUGUGUUCUCUGCCACUCAUUCCCUGCCCCCCCAGGUCUCCCGGUCAGUGUUGGCCUUAAGGGGGAGGCUGGGACCAGGGUACUGUAGUGUUACACAGCAAGUGGCCUCUGCUGAUUCGGGGGGUCCAGAGAGAAGGGGCCUCAGGAAGUUGGGAAGAUACUUCUCGGGGCCCUUUGCCGGGUGGGGAAAGUGGUGAGACUUGGACCCCAUGAGCACACCAAGCUGGAGCUCCAGGGGGAGCCAGUGGGAGGGGGUGGGGUUGGGAGGGCUCUGUGGCCCGGCCCCUCCUCUCUGCAGCCCAGCCUGCCCACCAGUCGAGCCGCUGCUGCUGAGGCUGGUGGGCCUGACUCUCCCAGAGAGAGGAAAGGCAGGCGGCAGUCUGGAGUCAGGAGCAGCAUGGGGUCCCGGGCUGAGCGGUGCUCUCUCCUAAGCGGACUCUCCCUCCUCCUCCUCCUGGUGACAGGCGAAGGGUCCAAGGGUGGAUCCCUCAGAGAGAGCCCGGGGGUGUGCUCCAAGCAGACGCUGGUGGUCCCGCUCCGCUACAACGAGUCCUACAGCCAGCCCGUGCACAAGCCCUACCUGACCCUGUGCCCCGGGAGGCGCGUCUGCAGCACCUACAGGACCACGUACCGCGCGGCGUGGCGGGAGGUGCGGAGGGAGGUGCGGCAGACGCACGCCGUGUGCUGCCAGGGAUGGAGGAAGCGGCAUCCGGGGGCGCUCGCCUGCGAGGAAGCCAUCUGCGCUAAGCCCUGCCUGAACGGCGGCGCCUGCGUGCGGCCCGACCGGUGCGAGUGCGCCCCCGGCUGGGGCGGGAGGCACUGCCACGUGGACGUGGAUGAAUGCAGGGCCGGCGUCGCCCUCUGCUCGCACCGCUGCCUAAACACGGCGGGCAGCUUCGCCUGCGGCUGCCCCCGCGGCCUGGUGCUGGGCCCCGACGGGCGCACCUGCCUAGAGGGGCCCCCGGAGCCGCCGACCAGCGCCAGCGUCCUCAGCGUGGCGGUCCGGGAAGCGGAGCGGGAGGAGCGGGAGGAACGCGCCCUGAGGCGAGAGAUCCUGGAGCUGCGUGGGCGCCUGGAGCAGCUGGAGCAGUGGGCUGGGCAGGCCGGGGCCUGGGUCCGAGCCGUGCUGCCGGCGCCACCCGAAGACCUGCGGCCGGAGCAGGUGGCAGAGCUGUGGGGCCGGGGCGACAGGAUAGACUCCCUCAGCGACCAGGUGCUGCUGCUGGAGGAGAGGCUGGGCGCCUGCUCCUGCGAGGACAACAGCCUGAGCCCAGGCCUCAAGGGGCGGCCGUGAGGACCCUCUGCAGAGCCGGCCCGAUUUACACGGAAGCCGGACACAUCCUCUGCGGCUCCCAGCUGGGGCGCUGCGGACAAGGCCACCUGCCGCCAAGGACCGAGUCUGGGACUCCCUCCGAGUGGGGACCUUCAACUCAACCAAGGCAGCUAGCGUCCAGAUCUCGCUCAAUCUUUAUUCUUGGUUUCUUGCUGUUUUCCAGAUAAUAAAAACCAACAUGAAAAACGGA